CCAGCCACCCCAAGGGCAUGGGGUGCAGAGGUUACGGAUCCCGUGAGCAGUGCCAGGAUGAAUGUCUCCUUCGCCAGCACGCAGCUCAGGGCAGCGAUGACCGAUGGGCAGCCGCCGCUUGUCACCACCAAGGGUGCCCGUGGCAGGGCACAGAGCGUGUUCGUUGUGGAAGACCAGCCUCCUCUUCUCAAAGCGACCCUUCUCCGCGUGCCCUGUGAACUCGCGCUGGAGAUGGAAUUCGUUGGUGCCUUCCAGACUCCCACAUCGCAUGCGCAUCGCAGCCUGGUGCAGCGUUUCAAUGAGACAGUGGUGCCCCUCUUCGCGGCUGUGCCGGGAUUCCAGCGCCUGGAAGUGACGCGGAUCAGGAGAGGCAGCGUGGUGCUGGAAUACGAUGCCCUCUUCGCUGUGGAGCGGCUGCAUGGGCAGGUGCAGGGCUUGGGAGCCCUUUUAAACCGGACGGUGCUGUCGGGCGCCACCCGCUCGGGUCUCCACGUCGCCAGUGCCCCCGUGCUGUGGAACGUGGUCCUGGAGAGGCAGCUGGACCUGUGCACGGUGCUCUUCUCGUGCCACGCCGGCUUUGAGUGCAUCAGCAGUGGGGCCGGCAAUGCCAGCUGCACGUCCGUGUGCCACAGAGACUACUGCAGAAACCACGGCAUCUGCAUGCACCCGCGUGACCACGAGCCCGUGUGCCAGUGCCCCACUGGCAGUGACUACUGGUUCAUGGGCCCACGCUGCGAUUACAAGGUGACCCAGCAGAGCCUGCUGGGCGUGGCCGGUGGGGUGCUGCUGACCGUGGCCCUGCUGGGCGUUGCCGUCGCCUGCCUGGUGGUCCGGAGGUUCAAGGCGCUGCUCCUGGAGGCCAGGGUUGAUCAGACCAAAAGCAGCUACCGACGGUUUUGUCGCCUUGAUGACGUGUCAGCUCAGUACUGGUCUCACUCCUGGCUCGCCUCUGCUAAUUCUUUGGACAACCCAGCUUUCAGCAACUCGGAGGAGCUGCUCCACUUACAGAUGCUAGACAACACUUGUUGCAGCUGUAAGGAUGACACUGUGAUCGCAGACAGCUACCAGCAGCGCACCACACCCAUCAGCACAGUGUGCAGGCCCAGCUUUCACUAUGACUGGGAUGCAAGUUCUAGUAGCAUAAAUGAUCCCAUGAUUGACUCUGGAAAAGCCAGUGAUAUUUCUGUGUCAAGUUGGCCAAUGGAACCAGUUCAGUGGACACCCUUUCCAAUUCUACAUCAUCUUUCCAGACAACGGCCGCCCAAAGCCAAUAGGCGACCUCAUUCCUACUGUGAGGGGAUGGAACUGGUCAAUCUUGAAAGAAGUUGGACAGCCUAAAAAUGGCAAACUAAAGACAGGCAACAGUUGUCAGCUUUUAAAACCAACCACGUUUUAUUUUCACAUAACAAGCUCAACGAAGGAGUUUCCAACACUUUGACAAUACAAUCAAUGCAGGUAUGAUGUCAGUUCUAUUCAAGGCAGAGUGCUGAAGAUUAUCAGCGAAACCUUUCAACAGUAUUUCAGACUGGACUUUAGAAGCCAGCUUUGGUUUGGGACAAGGUAACUGUUAGUAGUAAGUGUUGAGUUAACACAAGGCUGGCAUCCAACAAAGUAAACGACUUACACCAGGCAAGCUGAGAAUAAACUUUUUGAAUUCACAUCAUAUUACGUACAUAUAUGGUCUGCCCUACAGCCAUUUCAGAACAAGCUAAGCCACUGUGAAAAGUGAAAUACAAAUUAAGCGCCGCUGCAUUAUUCAUUAUGAUUUAUGUAAAUGAGGUAUAAAUUUAACCCCAGUACAUGUUUAAGCAUUAAACUUUAUUUUCCAAAA